AUGUCAGAUAAUCAACUUCCACCUAAUGCUAUGUUUAUGACUGCUAGUCAAAAGCCAAUUAUAAUCUCAUCAACAUCGAUACAACGUGCUGAACAGAUUAUGUCACAAGCUGCUACGAAAGAAAUCAGUGAUCAAUUUGAUGAUGAUAUCGAUGAUGAUGAGCUUUGUCGAGCAUGUCAUGAAUGUGAUGAAUUAUAUAAUGCUUCGCAAAUAUCACAAUCUCAACAACAACAAAAAUUAAAUCAAUUUGAAGAAACUGAUAAUUUAACACAAAAUAGUUUAAAACGUAAACGGCUUGGUAUAUCAACUACACCUAAUGAACGACGUGCAAUAAUUAAAAGACAUUGA